UUAACGUCAAAAUAACAAAAAAAAAAACUGCUGAUGCGGUGGAACCGACGAAAAUCUAUCGCAGGGUCUAAUUUUCUAUUGGUUGUGUUUUAUUCUCUCUAGUCAUCCCCAAGAUCGUUUUACUUUGGGGUGGUAUCCAAGUUCUUCAUCAGCAGUGAAAGUGGUCACCGUUUCGGCUCGGCAAAAUGGGCUUUCUAUACAGGGUUCGUGUGCGUGUCAUCAACUGCUUGAUCUUCUUCUUCUUGAUUGUGCUGCUACCGGGCUUGCCCCCGAAAACGACCUUCCCGUUCGAAGGAUUCAGGUUCUCCAAGCCUCGUGAGCUGAAAGGAGCGCUAGAACCUACCAAUCAUCUGGACAACGCGGAGCGACUGUUCGAAGGAAAGAUCUAUGGCCCGGAAGCGUUGCUCGUACAUGGAAAAGAUCUGUUUACCACGAUCCACGGUGGAGAAGUGAUUCGCAUCAAUGGUGAACACAUUACACAUAUCGCCAAGUUCGGCAAACCAUGCGAGCUCUCGUUCGAGGAGGAAACAUGCGGCCGUCCGCUGGGACUUGCUUUCGACACCAAGGGAUCGAACUUGAUCGUUGGCGAUGCCUACUACGGCAUUUGGUUGGUUGACUUGACGACGGGCAACAAGGAGCAGCUCGUUUCCCCCGACACCGUGCUGGAAGGCAAGGGUGCAAACAGGAAAGGAAAGUUCUUCAACAGUGUGGCUGUCGCUCGCAAUGGUGAUAUCUUCUGGACCGACUCGUCGUCCGAUUUCACGCUGCAGGAUGGCGUGUUUACCAUAUUUGCCAAUCCGUCGGGACGUUUGUUCCAGUAUGAUCGUGCUACUGGAAAGAACAAAGUGCUUCUAGAUCGACUGUACUUUGCAAAUGGCGUGGCAUUGAGCCCUAACGAGGACUUCGUGCUGGUGGCGGAAACGAUGGCAUCUCAGAUACGCCGUUACUACCUGACCGGACCGAAGGCGGGCACGGAUGACAUUUUCAUCGACGGUUUGCCAGGUCUAGUCGAUAACCUGGUGGCGGACGCGGAAGGCAUUUGGGCACCACUGAUCCAAGCCGCUGACAACGAGAAUCCAUCGAUCCCACAAAUGCUCUCGAACGUACCGCUGAUUCGAAAGUUCCUGAUCCGUAUGCUGGCGCUCGCUGAGCUGCCGAUGCGGAUGAUCCAUCAGGUGAUGCCCAAUGUACACACGCAGCGCAUCAUUCACGCGAUCGGUCACUUUGAGUCGCUCAUCUUCUUUGCUCCAAACCGUCAAACGUUGGUGAAAAUUAGCUGGAACGGUCGUAUCCUCGGAUCGCUGCACGGCUUCGACGGUAGCGUUGGAAGUGUAUCGCACGUGGCCGAACUGGGAGACUAUCUUUAUCUGGGUUCGCCGUACAACAAGUUCUUGGCACGUGUACCACUGCCAAAGAUGCCAAAGGUGGAAAUACGUGAUGUAAAGUACAAGCCGGCAACGGAAACAACGGCUGCCCCGAAACCAACGACAACUACAACGACUACACCGAAACCAACCACAACGACCACGACUACACCGAAACCGACUACAACGACCACGACUACUACCACUCCAAAACCAACAACGACUACCACCCGGAAACCUGCAACUACUACCACCCCUAAACCGGCGGCGACUACCACCACUACUCCCAAACCAACGACAACCACUCCCAAACCAACGACAACCACUCCCAAACCGACAACGACUACUACUACAACAGAGAAACCUAAAACGACGCCAACGCCAAAAGCUACUACAACCACCCCGAAAGCUACGGAAGCUCCAAAAGCAUCCACCGAAGAGCCAGUAAAAGCGAAGAAAGCCGACAAGAAAACACCGCCACCGGCCAGCUCCAAGGAAACCCCAUCGGAGCCUGCCCCGAUUCACGAAAAAGUUCCCAACGAUACUCCCAAACCGAAGCAGGAGAAAUUGAAGGUGAUAAAGAAGGGCGGUGAGCAGGGAGAGCUAUAAGACUACCUCCACUCACUCACGCACAAACAAACAUCUAAACUAGCUGAUCAAGCAUCAUCACAACCACAAAACAUGCACAACACGCGCAUUCAAUGGCGUGCUGAGCGUUGUCGUAGGCACAUGCCUCCAAGCAAUGCGCAACGAACUAGAACGCAUGCGGGCGUUGGUUCUUAGGAGCCCGAGAGUACGCCCGCCGAAUCCCCCUGGAUAGAGCUUUACAACACGAUCGUUACCGUAACCGUCAACAUAGUCCAAGUGACACGGGAAAAUUAAAGCAAUAUACUUUACCAUCAAACGGAUGAUGGUGUCCAACAGUGUGUGCGUCAGAAGAGGCGAGGGUAGUUUAUCUGUAGGCAGCUAAUGUACAACAUUCUUGUUAAUUUCAUUCCAUGAGUGAGGUAUUUUUUUACUCUUUCAAUCCUCCGGGAUUUUGAUUGCAUCCCAGUAUACUCUAUUUGUGCGUAGGUAGAUAAAUUCAUUCAAAACUAUUCCUUUUUUGAGGUAGUGACCAGUGCGGCCAAAGUGUUCUGACAACGAGUCUAGGCAUUGGUAAGGUGAAUGUUCACAUCCGUCGUUUUUCUCAAGCAGAAAAAUCUGGCAGCGAUAGGUGAUGGUUUAGCAGAUGGUGUAGGAGGGUGAAAAGCGUUAAAGCAAAUGCAUCGCAAAACAAAUUGGUUCAAAAUUCUUUUCAUACUCAUUUUUGUAUAUUUAUUAGGGGUUCAACUUUUGUGAGGAAAAUGCAUAUUUGGUAACUGUUUAAGGUUUAAAUGUAUUCCACUGCGCAUUGAGGGCAUUGAGAAAAUAAACGUUUUUUUGCUUGGGUA